CAAAGCUAUGUCCCAGUCUCAACUUCCAAUACAGCUGCCAGCAGUCUGAGCAUCUGUUUUAACACAAGAGCUCAUGUGCCUCGUGCCGCCUGACAGCUGCUGCUCCAGAGGUGCUUCAUACAUAUAUGAAUGGGGCAUGUAAUUAUGUGGGAUAAAUGGUUGUUAUGAGCUGGUUGAAGUGGGAUGAAAUCUGAAUUUGUUGAAUUGGGAGCUAGUUCCCUCUGUAGGAGAUACAGGUGGAUGCCAUGGGCAGAGUCUGGAUUAAAAUCUUUUGAAGUAUAACAGAAUAAGAGAGUUGGAAGGGACCUUGGAGCUCUUCUAGCUCAAUCCUCUGCUCAGGCAAAAGACCCUCUACCACGGGGGUCAAACGGACCACAUCGCAUUGCCGUCACGGGACGUUUUGUGUCAUUUUCCCCAUUCACAGAGCUGCGGUGGGCGUGAGAAUCCUCAGGGGGAAAACAACCCAAGAACCUUGGGAAACUUUGUAGGGUGUGAAGCCGAGCAGCUGCUCUUCAAAAGCGGCCAAAGGAGCUGAGCCGGUCUGCCGCCGUUGUUUACGACGUUCACCCUCAGGACCGCCGUCUGUUCGGACAGCAACACAAGGCAGUCAAAGCGGAGCUCGAGCAAGCCCUGCGGCCGCCUGGGCUUGAGACAAAAGCAGAAGGACGCCUGGCGCCAAAGUCGCGGCCAGGACUCAUCCACGCCGCGGGGAGAGGGAGGAGAGGACAAGGCAGCGCUCAGGAAAGGAGCCUCCGCCCUCUGCCCGGCCCAACCUUCUUCAAUCUCGGCAACUUUAAGACGAGGGGGUCCAAUUUUCGGAAUCCCCCGCCAGAGGCCUUCCGAGAGCUGGAGGAAGCCUGGCUGGGCAGCCGGGGGUGGGCUGGGGGGAGAAGAACCAGGGGGUGGAAAAGGCGGCGGUUCCGGCACUCUCUCAAAGCCCCCCCCGCCCCCCCCCGGCUCCUCUCUCCAGGCCAGAGGCUCCCUGGAGCAGAGGCUGAAGCGGGCGGGCGCCGCUGGUCAAAGGGACCUUUCUCGAGGGCGGAGCGCCGCUGCUCCCGAAGGCUCCGGGACUUCGGCUGGGGCAUCUGCCGCGGAGACUUCCGAAAGCCCUCCGGGCAGAAAUCCGGGGCCGCUGCACUGGGAGUGACCACGGCAACGGAAGCGGCAAGGAAGCGGGUAGCCCCACCGCGGCGACAGCUCAGGCUCCGCAGGGCGAUUCUCGGGGGCCCGAGGACCUCGGCCCACUCCUCUACCUGGACUUCCACGCCCGAGAAGAGGCGCUCCGCCACAAAGCUUUCCUGGCCUCCCUCUGACGCCGGGCCGCGCGGGGCUUCCUGACCAGGGACGCCUGGUGCCCCCCCCGGGCCCCCUCCGCUUCUGCCUUCCGCCUGGGACUCACCCGCCAAGCUCGGGCUCCCUGCCUACUUUAGUCCAGGCUGAGUCCUAUCCGCCCCCCCGGGCGGCUCUCCAUCCCAGGCGUGUGGCGGGCGCUCCUGGGCGGCGUACUCGGCGGCUCCACCUGCGCCGGACGGAGCGGCCUCUGGUGCGCAGAACCCGAUUGUCCAGACUUCAAGACAGCCUCCCGGUGCUGCUUUGCUCAUUUCUUCUGCUUUCUGAAGAAUAGGUUUCAGCUCUGAACAAAAGGUCUUCUCCCAAAGAUGGUGAAAAGCAUAUUUAUGGAACAAUCCGCAAACUUCCACCAUCUGUCUAGGGACUUGGAGUUUAAAAUGGUCGCUUCCUUUGAGGGGAGGAGAAUGAGCGGCCAUGAAACGGAGAGCUGUCAAAAGAGAAAGUCUGCGUUAUUUGAGAAGACAAAUAGUCUACAGAAGAAAGCUGCCUACAGCGAGCUCAAGGAUGGGAGAACUGUGGAGCACAUAUUAAGGGAACCCUGCUGGACAUUCAGUACCAGGAAACACCUAUUAGUUAAGGAUGUGCUGCGACCAAAGGAGAGUGCAUUCACCGAAGUGAGGAGAAAGUCUGUAGAGAAAGUCAAAGAGGCAGAACGAGGCAGUAGUAGGAAGACUGGCUUGGACCAAGCUGCAGUCCAGUGUUCCCCUGGUAGCGCAUUCUCCUUUGUGUGGCCCAACAGCGUUGCUGGGGAACCCAAAAGUGCUUUCACCAAACCAGCCAAGUGCUGGGAAGAUGGAGGGGCUCUGGCUGUUUUUCAACCUCUGAAGGCUAUCAAGGAAGGAACCCCAAGAAAAUUGUCGGAAUGCAUCGCUGCCACUGACCUCAUCCCGUGCAGUGACCGCCUCGCUUCCGGGUUCCUGGCAAGCGAUUCAGGUGGUUUCCAGCUGCUGUCAACCAACCUCAUCCAGAGCAACCCGUCCGCUUUCUCCUCGGCCCCGUGGCCAAAGGAAGCAGGUGAGCAGACGCAGGCUGCUCCUGUUUCCAGCUGCAGCCUCUCCUCCUCCUCCGCGUCCUGGGCUCUGCUGCCUCCCACUUUCGCCCCUCUCGGUAUGGCGGCCCAGAACUGGUGUGCAAAGUGCAGCCUCUCCUUCCACAUGACAUCAGACCUUGUGCUGCACAUGCGCUCCCAUCACAAAAAGGUUGAGGGCUCAACAGAAUCGCAAAGGAAAAGGAGGCGGGAGGAAAAACUGUCCUGUCCUGUUUGCCAGGAGUAUUUUCGAGAAAGACAUCACUUGUCUCGGCACAUGACUUCGCACAACUAGCCUGCAGAUGUAGUGGAUGUCUACUUGUUGGAUGUGUUUAUGUGUGCAAACAUUGAUUGAAUUCCAUUGUGGCUUUACUGCAUUUAACCAGAAUCCGUGAAAGGCGGGCUUCUGUAGAAGCAUUCAGAAGAACAUUACAUGAGCUUCAGAUAGCUCAAGUUCUGAAACUCUGCAAAUGCAAAUUAUAAGGAAAUAUAAACAGUGACACGUAGAGAGAAAAGUUUUGCUUUGUGCAGAUCCAUUUUUUUCACCCUAAACCCAGGAUGGCGAACCUAUGGCACGUCUGCCACAGAGGGCAAGCGGAGCCAUUGGUCAGGGCACGUGAGGCGUUGCCCUGUCAGCUGGCCAGCUGAGUUCAUCCUUUUUUAAAGCCAUUUUUCGC